GACGGACCAGCAGGCUGAAGCCCGGUCCUACCUCAGCGAGGAGAUGAUCGCUGAGUUCAAGGCCGCCUUCGACAUGUUUGACGCUGAUGGUGGUGGGGACAUCAGCGUCAAGGAGUUGGGCACCGUGAUGAGGAUGCUGGGCCAGACACCCACCAAAGAGGAGCUGGACGCCAUCAUCGAGGAGGUGGACGAGGAUGGCAGUGGAACCAUCGACUUCGAAGAGUUCUUGGUCAUGAUGGUGCGCCAGAUGAAAGAGGACGCCAAGGGGAAGAGUGAGGAGGAGCUGGCUGAGUGCUUCCGCAUCUUCGACAGGAACAUGGACGGCUACAUCGAUGCCGAGGAACUGGCUGAGAUUUUCCGGGCCUCUGGCGAGCACGUGACGGACGAGGAGCUCGAAUCCCUGAUGAAAGAUGGAGACAAGAACAACGAUGGCCGCAUUGACUUCGACGAGUUCCUGAAGAUGAUGGAAGGCGUGCAGUAAG